GGACAUGGUGAAGAUUACCAAGUUCAGCAAGCAGUUGGUCAGUGCCCAAGAAGUUGUAUCCAUUAUGUAACACCUUCACAGCGAACCAUUCUGGAGGAAUUACUUGACAGCAUUCUGGCUGUGCCGUAUGAUAAUUCAGCAGAGGCUGAAUUGCUAUAUUCUCUCAUCGUUAAAGCAAAGUUUGAGAACAAUCGGUACCAGAAGCCAAAGAAGCAACCAAAAUCUUCUUCUCAAUGUGUUGACUGGUUUUGAUUUCUGAUUUUCUAGCAUACGGUGCACUCAGACCUAAACCCAAAAUGUAGCUGACAAGACUUCUGUCCGUUAAUGAAGAAAAGAAAAUAUAUCUCUUACCAGAGAGACUGUAUGACGAUGGAGCUGAUUUUCACAUUAGUGAAGCUUCGGAUGAAAUGAAGCUUAACAGAAGACUGUAUGACGAUGGAAUGAAUGUAUCAGAGGCUAGGAUGCUCUGGUUGCAGGAGAAGAAAAGUGCAUUACUCUAAAGAGCCACGGAGAUAUUGGCUUUUAUUUGACAACUAUAUAAAAUGCUACUUUAUUCCUUAAUUAAGGUAUGUAUUUAACAAAUUAUAGGGUGAAGGACUUCAAAAAAAAAAAAAAAAUUGCAUGAGGUGAAAAUACCAAAAAUGAUAAUAAUAGAUAAUAGAUGAAAGUGGUAGAUCAACAGGUUGUAAAUGACAUGUAUUAUAUUCUGCCAACAUUUUAAUUUU